AAGCAGCUGAGGAAGUGGAUCAAAAAUUAUUACUUAAUCAAAAAGCUUUUCAACAAGCGGUAGGAGUUGUAAAAAGCCAGGAUGAUGGUUUAGAAGAAAGCGAGUUGUCAUCAUCAUCAGAUGAGGAGGAUGAUGGGCGUGGAUAUUUGGGAAGUGCUGUCGAAGGAGAAGGAUCAGAUGAUGAGCAAGCUGAUACUGAUGAAAUAGAAGAGGUUGAUGAUGAUACUGAGUUAGUUGUUCAUACUAACCGGCAAGAUAAAAUCUCAUUAGAAGAGGAUGAAGAAUUUGAACGAGAAUUUAGCCGAAUGAUGACUGAAAGUAUGGAAUCACGCAAAUAUGAAAGAAAGCCUGCUAUGCUAGAUGUGGCGAUUCCAAUGCAUCCAAAAAGUAUAGACAAAGCAGCAGACCAUAUAGAUGGUAGUGUGUCCUUUACAUUACUGGUUAAAAAAGGAAACAAACAGCAGACAAAAACUAUAGAAGUUCCGGCCGAAAGUGCAUUAGCCGUUAAUACACGAUCCAAACAAGAAGCUGAGC